AAUUGAAAUGUCAGGUUUUUUUGUGUUUUAGGUUGUCAUUGGUAGGCCCUUGCCUUUUUUAAGUGGAAAACUUUCACUAUAAUACUGAGCCAGCGUCACAUAAAUUUCAUUCCAUGACGCUACAGUUGUUACGCAUUAUACGUAAUUCAUUUACAUGUAAUUUACAAAACAGAAAAUACUAUAAUUUAAAUCGCAAUUACAAAUUGUUACGCGAACACCGUUACACGAAACAAGAGCUCGUGGCGAUAAGACGGGAGAGGGGGGUACGUUACGGCGCGAGCGGUGCGGGUGCGGUUGCAACGCGAGUUCACUCUGUCACUCGGUCAUUACGGUAUUUCUCAGUUGAGCGUCCCACAUUACCGAUCUUGAAAGAAAAAGUGACAAUGCCCGAAAACAAACCGUUCCAACGACUUCCUAAAAAUGUCGUACCAAAACAUUACAAAUUACAAUUGGUUCCUAAUCUCGAGAAAUUCACUUUUAGUGGAAAGACAGAGGUGAAAGUAUCGAUCGUGAAUUCUACCAAAGAAAUUGUACUCAAUUGUUUAGAUUUGGAGUUGACUAGCGUGAAAUUGGAAUAUGGGGAUGGAGGUGCCAACCCGACUCUCUCUCCUGUGGAAGUGCGGCUAUCAACAUCGGAUGAGACAGCAGUUAUUGUGUUCGAAAAAGCUCUCCGCGAAGGUGAUGCUACACUGUACUGUGAGUUUACUGGCGAAAUCAAUGACAAAAUGAAGGGUCUUUACAGAAGCAAAUAUCUAACUCCCAGCGGCGAGGAGCGUUACGCUGCUGUCACUCAGUUUGAGGCUACAGAUGCACGCAGAUGUUUUCCCUGCUGGGAUGAACCUGCUAUAAAAGCCACUUUCGAUAUUUCACUAGAAGUUCCGUCAGAUAGAGUAGCUCUUUCAAAUAUGCCAGUAAAAGACGAAAAGGUAUUAGAGGGCAAAAAAUUGGUUCACUUUGAUACAACUCCCAUAAUGUCCACAUAUCUUGUGGCAGUAGUGGUGGGUGAGUAUGAUUACGUUGAAAUGACAUCUCGAGAUGGAGUUUUAGUCCGAGUUUAUACACCUGUGGGUAAAAGUAAGCAAGGAUUAUUUGCGUUAGAAGUUGCUGCCAAAGUUCUACCAUAUUAUAAAGAGUAUUUUGACAUCGCAUACCCCUUGCCGAAAAUUGAUUUGAUAGCAAUUGCUGAUUUUUCUGCUGGUGCAAUGGAAAACUGGGGUCUAGUGACAUAUAGAGAGACUUGCCUAUUGGUAGAUGAAGAGCAUACUUCAGCAGUGAGAAGGCAAUGGAUAGCACUUGUAGUUGGUCAUGAGCUGGCACAUCAAUGGUUUGGUAAUCUGGUCACUAUGGAGUGGUGGACACACCUUUGGUUGAAUGAAGGGUAUGCAUCUUUUGUUGAAUUCCUGUGUGUGAAUCAUCUGUUCCCUGACUAUGAUAUCUGGACACAAUUUGUGACAGAGACCUAUAUUAGGGCUUUAGAAUUGGAUUGCUUGAAGAAUUCACAUCCAAUAGAAGUGCCCGUAGGCCACCCAUCUGAAAUAGAUGAGAUAUUUGAUGAUAUAUCAUACAACAAAGGUGCUUCAGUGAUUCGUAUGUUGCACAGAUAUAUUGGGGAUGAUGAUUUUCGUAAAGGCAUGAACAUUUAUCUUACACGACACCAGUAUAAAAAUACUUUUACGGAGGACUUAUGGGCAGCAUUAGAAGAGGCUUCAAAUAAACCUGUAGGCGCUGUAAUGUCUACUUGGACAAAACAAAUGGGCUUUCCAGUGGUGCAGGUAUGUUCCGAACAAAGAGGAGCAAAUCGUAUUUUGAAAUUGACCCAGCAGAAAUUCUGUGCCGAUGGUAGUCAAGGUGGUGAUUCACUGUGGAUGAUACCAAUAACCAUAUCAACACAGGAGCAACCUUCAAAGUAUCAACAGAAUAUAUUGGUCAAUCGACAAGAACAAGAAGCUUCCAGAUGUGGUCCAUUUAGUGCACAGAAGGAGUGCGCUUCAAUACAUAGUGCUAUACCCGAAAAUUAUAAAGUCGCUCUGUCAACUGUACUGGAUAAGAGAAGCCAAGAAGUUGUGUUGGAGAAUGUCGCGGAAAAUUCUUGGGUCAAACUUAAUCCUGGAACUGUGGGGUACUACCGUACGCGCUACCCGCCCAAGAUGUUGGAGCAGCUAGUGACUGCUAUCCGCGAUGGCUCGCUACCGCCGCUCGACCGGCUGGGCCUACUCGAUGACUGUUUCGCACUUGUUCAAGCUGGACACACUCAAACUGCCGAGUCGUUAAAACUUAUGGAAGCAUUUGUUAAUGAAGAUAACUUCACAGUUUGGUCUACAAUCUCAAAUUGUUUGUCUAAAUUGGCGGCUCUGUUCUCGCAUACAGCUCUGGAUAAACCUUUGAAGAACUAUGGACGAAAACUUUUCUCUGGCGUCACUAAACGAUUGGGUUGGGACGCAGCGGAAAAUGAAAGCCAUCUCGAUACACUUUUAAGAAGUUUUGUACUGAACAAAAUGAUUAGUUUUGAAGAUCCUAUUACUAUAAAAGAGGCGAAAAUCCGUUUCGAGAAGCACGCUGCGGGCGUGUCCACGUUGCCGGCGGACCUGCGGUCGGCGUGCUACCGCGCGGUGCUCGCGGAGGCUGACGACGCAACCUUCCAACGCUUCCUGCAGCUGUACCGCGCUGCUGACCUGCACGAGGAGAAGGACCGCAUCAGCCGCGCGCUCGGCGCCGUCAAGGACCCAGAACUAUUGAAACGUGUGCUGGACUUCGCUAUAUCGGAUGAAGUCCGUUCCCAAGAUACUGUAUUUGUGAUAGUAUCCGUGGCGGUAAGUAAGAACGGACGUGACCUCGCGUGGCAAUUCUUCAAGGAUCACUGGCAGGAAUUUAUGGACCGCUACCAGGGUGGUUUCCUACUGGCUCGCCUGGUGAAAUCGACCACGGAGAACUUCGCAUCGGAGGCCAGUGCCCAGGAGAUCGAAGAGUUCUUCCGCACGCACCACUCGCCGGGAACGGAGCGGUCUGUGCAGCAGGCUCUGGAGACUGUGCGCCUCAACGCAGCCUGGUUGCGCCGCGACCUCGCCUCCACCGACGCAUACCUCAAGCCCUAUCACUAAACUGCACUCGAUCAAAUGACAAGACUGAAACUACAACGAAAAUUAUUGUUAUGUUUCAAGCCGAAUAUCUAAAAGCUAGCUUUAUUUAUGAUCAGCGCUAAACGUUUUAAAUUAUACAAAAUGCAAUUUAUAACAUCAUACUUUAUUUUGUUGUAGGUAGUCAAAACAAUCUCAAAAUUUUAUUUGCAGCAUAAUAAUAUUUCUUUGGCGUUUUGUCAAAGCUUAAAUUAUCUCUUAUAGGACAUAAAUUUCACUGUUGUUUUUUUAUAAUUAUAACACUAUCUGCUAAGGCUAAAUAAAAAAAACCCACGUACAUUAUGUAUAAUUUAAUAUUGAUUUUGUUGUAGAAUCUGUUCCUUUUGUUUUUACAUUUUCAUUCAUUAUUCCUAUGGCAGUGUUCUUAUAGUACAAAGUUAAAUUUCAACACUGCUUAGGGGCAUUUCUAUCAUUUUACCUUAUUAAUAAAAAAAUAAACAUUUAACACAUCUUAUUAGUGAAUAAUUAAAUAUUCACAUUUAACUUUUUUGCUAAUUACCAUCUUACAGUAACUAUGAAGCUAUUGCGGGCACAUCCACUUUACAUGUGACGUGUUGUGUAAAUGUGUAAAAAUAUUAAUUUAUCUUAGAGUUAUGUUACAAAAUAUUGGUGGUGCUAAAUGCGGUUUUAAUUUACUUCAUUCGUAUAGCUCUAACAUUUAUUUGGUUAUUGAAUUGCUAGAUUAGAGAUGAAAUUAAGGUUAUUUUCGUAAUUUUGGACCAAUGUGCAAUAGUUCAUUUUUGUCAAACUAGUGUUAUUUACCUACUUACAUUUAAAAUGACGGCUUAUUGACAAGUUUAGGUCAGUAAUAUAAUGUGAUUAUGAUUUGUAGUUACCAUCAUUUUAAUUCAUUGUAUCAUUGAUUUUGUUUUGUAAGACUGUGUUAUUGCAAUAAAGUGUACAAGAGUACCUGCAAAAUGUUGU